UGACAGGAAAUCGCGGUUUGUUCAAGUUGUUGUUUACUAGACUGUUAUCUGUAGACGGACGGUGGCGCAUUCAGAACAGAUUAAUCAUGUUUGAAUCAAUGAGAAAGCUGUUUUAAUAACCAUAGCAGCCGUCCAAUGCAACUCUUGUUUACUCGACAUUAAAGCAGCCGGAGUGGGCUCUUUACGUGACUGCUCUUCACGUCCCGUCCGUUAAUCUCAAGGUGCCGCAUCGUGGUCAAGAUGCCGAUGGUGCUGCGCUCCAGAAAAUCCCUCCGCCCGAGUCCGGCCAGUGAGGUAGAGCUACCGGACACACCGGAGGUAGAGCUAGUGGACACAUCCCUGCAGAGAAGGUCGACCCGCCUGCUCGGGACAGCCGGCGUUACGUACGAGGAAUCAGAUGAGUCAGACUCUGUGUCCGUCCAGAGCCAAGUGAUGGAGACACAUCACCAGAGCCCCCCUGCUGAGCCCGAGGAGGAAACCGCUGAGGAGGCUCAUGUAAUGGAACUGAAGUAUUGUAGCGUUUUGCUGGACCGUCUUGGGGCUGACGACAAGGCAGCAAGAAAAGAGCUCGAGGAGAAAGAAGACAUGAACCGCAAAGGUGGGAAACCCGUCUCCCGAAUCCCCACUUUCCAUAAACGACCCAGUGGUGCGAGCCAGACCGCGGAGUUGCCCGCACCCCAAAAAGAUCCCCCUGUCCAUGGAGCUCAGCCUCCAGAGAAAGCUGGAAGUGUUGAGGCCUCGAAGACCAAGACACCCAACGUCAGAGAAACAGCACUCCCUCUGCCGUCGGUCCAUGUCCCCAAAACUGUCUUCGAAGCCCCCUCUCCGUUCAGCGGCGCAGAUCAAGCCACCACAGCAGCCUAUAGUCCCCUAAUUACUGCACCCAAGAGUUUGCCUGAGUCUGUGCUUUACUCUUCUAUGACUGCAACCCCCAGGCCUGCCCUCAAACGGGACCAUGGGUCAGAUGUACCAGAGCAAGACAAAAGGUUUGAUAUAGAAGCUGACACCAUAGAGGAUGCCCCCAUAUCCCACCUUCCAGACGAGGACUCCAUCAGCCAAAAUCCACCGGAAGACAUGGAAGAGAAGUACAACGGUGAGGUUAAAGGCACGUUUACCCCCACUACCUAUGGAGAUAACGAAAUGUCAGCGCCUGCAGACAUCCUUCACACAACCGAGGUCAGCCAAGAGGCCUCCUCUCCUAUUAUGGACGAACAGCCGCCGUGGCAGACGGAGCCAACGAACGUACUCGAAUUGAAGGACAGUAGAUCUUCAUCGGAGGAUGAAUGUGAGGAUGCAGAUGACAAGUCUGAGGGCCAUGAUUCAGAGGAGGAGGAGGAGAAGGAUCAUCACGAACCACUCAUAAGUCAGUCUGAGUGUUUAGAUCUGGCAGAGGAAAGAGCUGAUGUUGAUGACUCGACUUCUCCUGUAGCGCCAGAGAAGCCUGCCAAAGCCCAACCAACCAAGUCAGCUAGGAGCUCUGGAUGCUCCAGUUUUGCCCUCUACUGCUUCCUGCCCACCACCUUGCUGCUUCUAGGGGGGUUCGGCCAGCAUGUUUGGCACUACGGGCUUCCCAUGUCUGUGGCUCAGCUCACAGCUCAGCUGGAACUGAACAUGCUGGAGGGGUUUGGCUUCGUUCCAGAGCCUUGCAGCACUGAUUGUCGAGUGCACCUUGUGGAGAGCAUCCCUGUGGGCCUCUACCAGUCCUCCCCCUCGUCCAGACGGAGCAUCGCAGACAGCUGGUUACGUCUGCUGGACAAAGCCAAGAGUUCGGUCCACAUCGCUGCUUUCUACUUCACUCUGCGAGGCAGCGACUUGGCGGACUCCUCUGACUCUCAGGGAAGAAAGGUCUUUGAGCAACUCAAACAGCUUGGAUCCAAAGGUGUGAAACUCCAGAUUGCCGUCAACGCCCCCCAGACCUCAACUCAGGAUACGGCAGAAUUGGCUGCAGCAGGUGCAGAAGUCAGAGAGGUAGACCUCAAUGCUGUAACCGGAGGCAUUAUCCACACCAAGCUGUGGGUGGUGGAUCAAAAGCACUUCUACCUGGGUAGUGCUAACAUGGACUGGCGGUCUCUAAGUCAGGUGAAGGAGGUGGGCCUGUCAGUGGAGGACUGCAGCUGCUUGGCUGAGGACGCCUUUCGGAUCUUUGGGGUGUACUGGAGCAUCGGCGGUGCGAUCAACGGCUCCCUGCCGCCGUACUGGCCUGCUCGUCUCUCGGCCCUUUCCAGCUCCCAGAAUCCCCUGCGCCUGAAGUUCAAUGGAGUGCCUGCUCAAGUCUACCUGUCUAGUGCCCCUCCGCAGAUCUCAGCCCGCGGACGCUCAGACGAUCUCUCCACCAUCCUCUCUGUCAUCGACGACGCCCAGAAAUUAAUUUACAUCUCUGUCAUGGACUACCUGCCUCUGUCUCAGUACUCAGAGCCACUCAGGUUCUGGCCGGCCAUUGACACGGCCCUGCGCGCUGCAGCGUGCACCAGAGGCGUGAAGGUUCGACUCCUGGUCAGCUGCUGGAAGCACUCACCUGCCCCCAUGUUCACCUUCCUGCAGUCCCUGCUGGUGCUCAACAGUCCUCAGCUGAAAUGUGACAUUGACGUGAAAAUCUUUACAGUGCCUUCAACGGCGGAGCAGAUGAAGAUUCCCUAUGCACGAGUCAAUCAUGCCAAGUACAUGGUUACAGACAGAGUGGUCUAUAUAGGGACGUCCAACUGGUCAGAGAACUACUUCACCAAGACAGCUGGAGUGGGCUUGGUGGUGAACCAGACCGGCUCUGUGGUUGGAAAAGGCCAAGAGACCCUGCAGAGCCAAGCGGCGGAGCUCUUCCUCAGAGACUGGACGUCCGAGUACGCCAGCGCCCUCUCUGUGGACGACGUGGACGUCUGCCCUCGCGGCCCACACUGACGGCGUUGUCGUUCAAUAAAGCACAUUGCAUCGUAGAUGAGCAUCUUGCCUGCUCUUGCCACUUGAACUUUAUUUCACUUAUGCAGAAUCCUCUUGCUGUACUGUGUGAACGAUCACACUUUAUUUUAUUGCCGUUUCCCGAUUGGCUGCCUGCUUUUUUGUAUAUAAUUGCAAUUUUGUUUCAAGACGUGUUAUUUUUAUACUCCGUAUUGUUCUGAAGAUUUUCUUACGUGAGUUAAGGCGCAAGGGAACCCGCUUUGUACAAUUAAUUUCAUGCCUGGCGCAUUCUGUAUAUUUUCCCUUAAAAUGCCAGUGCCAAGCUUCAACAAUCUCACGCAGGAAAUGAAACGUUUCCAAAGAUGUGGCCAUGUUUACAAUGCUGACGCUAUCGGCUGCUAAUGUUUGUGUGUAGCGAAACCAUAAAUGUCAGUCCAAAAUUCUUGUAAAUACUAUACAUUUUCCAUUCAUAACUGAUGGCUAGCUCACAAAGAAAUCCAAUUUGAAUGUGUCCCACUGCAGACAGAAAAUAACUGACUCAAUUAAGAGUGGGCAUGCUUUGUUCUUUGAUCGAAAUGUUCUGUAUUUGAAAAAAAUCAUUCCUUGUCUGGCAUCUCUCUGUUUUACUGUAUUGACAUGUUUACUGCAUCACUUCAUUACCAGGGUCAUCUAUUGUAUGCUUUACAUCCAGUGGACAUGUUCUCUGACUAACAGAGCAGUAUACUGGAUGUUUCAGUAUAAAUAAAACCUUCGUGGUUGGUGAUCUUCGAUUGCUUCAUGAGAAUUAUGAAAGAA